ACCUCAACCUCACUUGCCGGACGGCAUCACUACAAUGCUCAAGGGCAAGCUCAAACUGCCUGACCGGCUCGGCAAUUUAGUUGUCGAUUUCGAGGACAGGGACGAUAAAAUCGGAGGUUCAAGUUCAGUACUUGCGUCCAGCGAGGAGCUCGAGAUCAUUCUGCCUAAUGGACUCGGGUUCAGUCGACAUAAGGAUGACGGUGAUGGGUUGUGCUGUACCGAGGAAAAGAAGACAAAUGAAGCGGCAAUAUUUCGGGCGAGUGCGCGACCCUAUAAAGACCGAGCGGGUUCAGUUUCGGCUAUGGCCUUCAUCGCGGCAGACGAGAAAAGGUCCGAUUUUGAGUAUCAGCUUUCUCGAAAAGAGAUUAAUGUGGAGAAGUUACAAAGAAUUGCUAGUACGGGAUUUCCAGAUGGAGGCGGCAUGCGUGCUACAGCUUGGAAGUUGCUCUUGGGUUAUUUACCUCCUUCACGUGAUCUUUGGGAAAAAGAACUAACCAAAAAUCGACAAAAUUAUGCUAAGCUAAAAGAGGAGCUACUCCUAAGUCCUUCAGAACUCAAAAAAAAUACGGAGGAAGAAUUAAGUUCCAGCAAGCAGAAUGUUGAUGGGGAUUCUGAUGGACUUCUCAGGCGACAUGAAAUUUCUUCAGAAGAUCACCCCUUGAGCUUGGGUAAGGCUAGUGUUUGGAAUCAAUACUUCCAGCAUAUGGACAUUAUAGAACAGAUUGAUCGUGAUUUGAAACGCACACAUCCUGAAAUGGAGUUCUUCUCAGGAGACACAUCCUUCAGUAGGAAAAACAGGGAAGCAAUGAAGAACAUUCUUCUCUUAUUUGCAAAACUGAAUCCUGCAAUACGUUAUGUUCAAGGAAUGCAUGAGGUUCUGGCACCAAUAUACUAUGUGUUUUGUACUGAUAUUGACGAGAAGAAUGUUGCAAAUGCUGAGGCCGAUAGUUUUUCUUGCUUUGUUAAGCUAUUGAGUGACUCUGUCGAUCAUUUUUGUCAACAAUUGGAUAAUAGUUCGGGGGGGAUUCUUUCUACUCUUUCACGUAUGUCAGAGUUAUUGAAGGCAAAUGAUGAAGAAUUAUGGCGGCAUCUUGAACUCACAUCCAGAGUGAAGGCACAGUAUUAUGCGUUUAGGUGGAUUACAUUAUUUCUCACCCAAGAAUUCAAUUUGCAAAGUGUUUUAAGAAUUUGGGAUUCUCUUCUAAGUAAUCCUUUUGGCAUUCAGUCAGUGUAUAUAGCACCUUAUUUAGUUGCAUCCUUCGGAUGCAGGAGAUGCUUCUUCGCGUCUGUUGUGCAAUGCUGCUGUGCAUGAGAAGCAAGCUUUUGAGUGGAGAUUUUGCAGCUAACUUGAAGCUUUUGCAGAACUACCCUGAUGUCAACAUAGAACAACUUCUCCAUGUUGCCAAUGAUCUCAGCCCUGAUGUAUCUUCUUAUUGCCCGCCCCUGUAAAACAUUCCACUUAUUAUAUGAGCUUUGUUGGUUAA